UGUUGGCAGUACUGAAACGAUGAAAGGUGUGGCCAGUUUACGUUAAACAGAAUAUUUUUGACAUUUAUAAACAAACGAUUUGUUAACGUAGAUCACUAAUCAAUAUCAAACAAUCGGCAUGUCUAUCGAUAAACAAGAUUAUCACCGCGCGUCAAACGCGGUAGUACUCGGUGGAGUAAUUACAUACAUUGCUGGAUUACUGUUGGUCAUAGCGUUUACCAGUCCCUAUUGGAUUGAAUCUUAUCAAGAGACAUUCAGCAAUUUUAAACAUAUGGGACUUUGGGAAUAUUGUUUCAAACAAUUUAGAUAUCCAUAUUAUCAGUUUGACAAAGAAUUUGAUGGAUGUCAUCAUAUUUUCUCAGAAGAAUAUUACGUGAUCAGAGAAUGGUUAUUGCCAGGAUGGUUGAUGGUUGUACAAACGUUUGUGACACUUGCUCUUUUACUCUCAUUCUUUGCGCAAGCUGUGAUUGUGUUGACCUUAGUCCGUUGGCCUUUGAAAUUUGUAUUGAAUUAUGAAUGGUUGCUUUCAGCCACUGCUUUCGUGUGUUGCGUCACAGCAGGUACUUUACUGUUUUUAGCAGUGUCAAUAUUUGGAGGGCAAUGUUGGCGUAGAGACUGGUUAAUGUAUCCAAACUUCAAUCAUUUAUCAUGGUCGUAUGGUUUGGCAGUUAUUUCAUUCAUGUUCCAUUGGUUAGCUUCAUGUUUGUUGUAUUUGGAUGCAAAAGCUGGUUAUAGAUUGCGCAAAGAAUCUCGAAAUUUAGUGAUGCAAAUGCAGCCUAAUUUACAAAGUCAUCAAGGAUUAUCAAGGGGAGGGUAUAUAUAAUCCUUCGUUAUAUUGAUAGUAUCCAAACACGAUUUGUUCACAUAGAGAUUUUUAACCAUUUUCAAUAACAUUAAUUAUAAAUGGAGAUUCAUAGAUCUGCUUUCAAAGUCACAUUGUUAUGUGAUACUGUUCUGUAAUUCAGUGCGCAUUUUCUGCGAUAAUAUUUAACUCCGUCCAUUUUUUACAAAAAUCUAUAUCAUUAGAUUAAGAGAACUAUUUUUACAUUUCUAUAUU